AUGGCGCGCCCUAAGGUCCUGCCAGCGAAUCGUUUACGUGCUAAUACUGCAUGUACUGCUUGCCGCUCAUCGAAAAAGCGCUGCAGCGGCUCGUUUCCAUGCACUAAUUGCAUCAACAAAGGUCGCAGCCGGACGUGUACCCCGUUCAAAUCCUUAGAUACAAACCUCCGCAACCGCCCUGUACCUGCUUCACGACCCCAAGUCAGUGGCCGUCCGCCAUGGAGCGAAACAGAACCCGAAGCGCAGAGCUCUUUGAGGUCACAGAUACAUGAGGUCAUCACUCCUAGGCGCGAGUCCGACACGUUGGAGACGGGGUCGCGCUCCCCCGAAGCUACACAUCGGACCCAUUCGCGGAUGCUCCGCAACUUACAGGGAGAAAGAGUUUAUGUCGGAAAGGCUGCUUCUUUAUCGUUCUUGCAGUUGCUGCGGGAUACAGUCACCCAGCAUAUUGGGCCGUCGCAGUUCUCCCACAAUGUGAGAAGUGAGGAUAUGUUAGAAACAGAAGCCCAUCAUGACCUAUUGAACUUUUCCGAAGAGCGUUGCAGCGUGGAAGAGAAGCGUCAGUUCAUCCAGAACUAUGAGGCAGCCACAACCGGAUUCCUCUACUUAGGAUGCGGCGAGGGUAUUUUAUCCUCAUUAAUUGAUUCAGCGGAGCCAAAAACCGACAAAGAAAAGACAAGAGCGGCCAUAGUAGACUUGAUGGUUGCUAUUGGGGCUCAGACAUGCCUUAAUGAACCCGAGACUGUUCAAAUGGAACGAUUCUACUUUGCUCGCGGUCAACGCAGGACAUUUGCGAACUUUCUGGAAGACCCAAGCAUGGAUUUGAUACGGGUUUUUCUAUUGCUGUCCUUCUACAUGCUCGGAGCAUGCCGCCGGAAUGCCGCCUUCAUGUACCUGGGUGUGGCUUCACGCGCCGCAGUGGCAUUAGGCUUUCAUGUAGACCCUUCAGGGUCACUGAGUCGCAAUGAGCAUUAUGAAAGGUCACGAUUAUGGAUGAGCCUAUGUGUCCUUGAUCUCAUGGUCAGCUCAAUCCUCGGACGCCCUUCUGCUAUAUCGCCUCUAUUGCCCGAAAGUCGACAAACUAUCAGUCGUGUAGGGACUGACUCGACUGCUACAGGUUUGGUGGCUUCAUAUCAUCUAUCAUUUAUCCUGGACGAGAUAAUCAACCGCCUAUACAGCGAAAAAGCAGCAUCUACAGAGACAGCAGAUCUGCUGCUGGGAAAAUUAAAUCGCUGGAGCGAACAUCUCCCUCACUCACUAAGAACUACGUCUUCGGAACAUGAAAAUGAGAGUGCCAUCCGACAACAUACCAUUGGGAACAUGCACGUAGCAUGUUCGUAUCAUUUCGCUGUGAUUUUAGUUACUCGACCUUUUCUCAUAUCGGCACUGAGUGUCCGGCUGGCCCGGUUGCACCAGAGCCUCUCAAGUGGCGUGUCCAGUGAGCCACCUGGAGAAGACCCAGCUCAUUCCCGGCUGGCAGCCGCCUGUAUUGACUCGGCUGUCUACAUGCUACAGACAUGUCUAGAAGUCCUCCAGUCGGGGCUGCUUUUCCGUAAUAUGUGUAUCCUGAAAGCUUUUGUGUUUGCUGCCGCUCUUGUGCUCGGGUUCUCCAUGUUUUCCCAUCGUGACGUCGACUCCGAGAUUGAUGGUGCAUUCGGCGGUGCUCUCACUAUCCUGCGCAUGCUGGCGCCACAGUCUGCCCAGGCAGCCCACUACCUUGAGAUUACAAGUAUGCUUGAAUCAGCUAUCACCCAACAGCGCCAGCAACUCGCAGCCCAUGCGCGCCAGCGAAGAAGCCAAUACGUGAACCGAAUAUUUAGCCUGAAUGACAACCCGACAGCACCGCAGACCCAACCUGAAAAUGCCGACCAACCAGAGACUGCGAACCCACGACUCGCGCAGGGUGCGCCAUACUCGUGGUUACAGUCGGAUGAUGGGACAGGUGCUGUCACACCCCUGCUUGAUGGGACCUCACUUGACUGGGAGGGCAUGGACUUGCCACUGUGGGACAGUUUUCCGUUUCUCACCGAGUUAUCAAUAAUUUGA